UCAUCUUCUCUUUGGAGAUGCAUCAAGACCAUCUUCGUUCUCUUCACUAUGUUCCUCUCUUUUAUCCUCUUCUCUGCUCCUAUCUUCCUCUCUGUCGCAGACGCCGUCCUACCCUCCAUCAUCCUCUCAUCCUUCUUUUCUCUCCUUCGUCUUUCUCCGUCGACUGUUUCUUCUCAUAUAAGCAACUACGAUUUCAGAUACUCCCUCAUCGAUAUUCCUCUCAUCUCCAUCAUUAGAUCUGCCAUUAUUCUCUGUGUUUACGGGCUCUGUGACGGACCAAAGCUAUCAAGGGGACCAUAUCUGACCAUAACGAUGAUAUGCUCGAUAUGUUCAUUAAUCUACGUGUCUUUUAAGGCAGCUGUUGUGUUCGGCGAGCCAGUGGUCGGAGACGGGGGAGGAAAGUUUAGAACAGAGGAAGUGGCUCUGUUUGUGUGUUCGUGGGUCUUAGCCAUCGGUCAU